UGUCGAGGACGAACGACGUUUCGACGUUGCGCUGCCAUCAGUGGCGGACGACGAUGACGAGGCCCAGUGACCUCCUCAUUAAAUUACUCAUUAUCCUAGUUGUAUUAAUUUACACGUGUCAAAAUGCCGGCAGUACCAAGAUAAAUAAACAGGAUACAUUGCACGCUGGUAGAGAGAAUAUCCAAUACGGCAAGACAGUGACAACAGGACAGCAUCACCAAGGAAGAGACAGCGAACCGGUUAUUGAGGAGGUCAACGCUAAACAACUCGAGCGCAUAUUAAAUGACAAGGAUUUUGUUGCUGUUUACUGGUAUGCAAGGAGCUGUACAACGUGCGAUAAAGUUCUUGCCGAGCUCGAGAAAAUCGACGACGACACUGACACAUUCGGUGUUGACUUUGUGAAAAUUAAUGACAAACGCCUGGCAAAACAAUAUGGAAUUAAAAAUUUUCCAGCACUCACGUACUUUAGGGAGAAGGAGCCAAUUAUUUACGAAGGUGAUUUGAUGGACGAAGAAAGUGUCCUAGACUUCCUAACGAGUCUGGAGGCAAUGGAUCUUCCUGACAGGAUCGAAGAGGUGAAUGCAAAAAUCCUAGGAAAAAUUGUGGAGGACACCGAAUUCGUCGCAGUACUCUUCUGUCCGAAUACGGAGCGGUGCACAGGUGCUGGUUCCAACAAACCGGACUGCAAGAAGUGCGCAAAGGCAUUGCAGGAGCUGGAGAACAUAGAUGAUGAAGCUGAUCAGUUAGGGAUUGGAUUCGUUAAAAUAGCAGAUGAAGAACUUGCUGAGGAAUAUAAUUUGGGAACACUUCCGGCUUUGGUUUAUUACCGGCAUCAGAUACCAAUCAUCUACGAACAUGAACUGAGCAAGGAGGAGGACGUCCUCGAAUGGUUGGUCUCCAAUAAGAGCACUGGAGAUGAGGAAGAUGUAAUCGAAGAUGUCACAGCUAAGACCCUGAAUACUCUCAUCGGAAAUAUGGACAAUCUGGUCGUCCUCUUCUAUGAUCAUGGAGAUGACGACUCAAUGCAGGUGCUGACUGAGCUGGAGAAGAUCGAUGAUGAUCUUGAUAAGCAUGGCAUCCAAUUCGUGAAAAUUGACGAUGACAAAGCCGCCAAGGAUUUUGGUAUUGACAGUGUUCCAGCAAUCGUCUACUUCGAACGACAGAUUCCAAAUGUUUAUGACGGUGAUGUUGAGAAUGAGGAUGAAAUUCUCGAGUGGCUACUUUCUCAGUUGGAAAAGGAUGAGAUCGAGGACGUCACUGAUGAGAUGUUGGAUCGUCUCGUUAAAGAAGGAAAAACCAUUGCAGUCCUUUUUUACGACAACAACGAGCGCAAGUCCCAACGGGUUCUCAACGAGCUGGAGAAUAUCGACGACGAGUGCGAUCAGCUGGGGAUCGUCUUUGUGAAGAUCGAUAACGCCGAAGAGGCCGAGGAAUACGGUAUAGAAAAGACACCAACACUGAUAUACUUUGAAAAGGGAAUUCCUACCAUUUAUGAGGGCAAUCUUGAGGAUGAGGAGAAAGUUCUCAAGUGGCUGGAGCAGCAGCAGGCAUCUGACCAGAUUGAAGACAUCACUGACGAAAUGUUAGACAUGGUGAUUCAAAAGAUGCCGCACGUUGCUGUUUUAUUUUAUGACAAGGACCAGAAGAAGAGUCAGAAAAUAGUCACUGAAUUGGAGAACAUUGAUGACGACUGUGAUGAACAUGACAUUGCAUUUGUGAAGAUUGAUGAUGACGAGGAGGCCAAGGAGUAUGGAAUUGAUACAUUCCCUGCUCUUGUGCUCUUUGAACGAGGAAUCCCUCAUAUGUAUGAUGGUGAUCUGAUGAACGAAGACCAGCUCCUGGGCUGGCUCCUUCACCAGAAAAAGCACCGGGAGAUUCCUGAAGUGACUGACGAGAUGAUGGAAAAGCUAAUUGAGAGCACAGAGUACCUGGCUGUUCUGUUUUAUGACAAAGAGGACAAACAGAACAUGAGGAUUUUAAACGAACUGGAGAACAUCGACGACGAACUUGAGAAAGAAGGAAUUGUCAUCCUGAGAAUUGACAACGACGCCGAGGCCAAGGAGUACGGAAUCGAUCAUCUUCCCACUUUGGUCUACUUCGAGAAUAAGAUCCCAGCACUUUACGAGGGAGAUCUACUUAAUGAAGAUGAAGUUCUGGAGUGGCUGAUCGAGCAGAAAAAUACAGCUACCAUCGAGGAAGUCACUGAUGAAAUUCUCACUGAUCUGAUUGACGAACAUGAAUACGUCGUUGUAUUUUUCAGUGGUCGUUGCGAUGAUGGAGGUGAAUGCGAGAUUGUCUUAAAAGAGCUAGAGAACAUUGAUGAUGAGCUAGACGAAACUGGCAUCAUAUUCGUGACGACAGAAGAUCUGGUAGUAGCUAAAAAGUACGGAAUCAAGCCCCUCCCAGCCCUGGCCUUCUUCAGGAAUAAGGAACCACUGAUUUAUAGUGGAGAUCUUGAGGACGAGGACGAGGUCCUCUCAUGGUUGACCGACGAGAACACCCUGGAGAUCCCAGGAAAAAUUGAGGAAGUCAACUCGAAAAUGUUGGAGAACAUUCUCGAUGAAAAUGAUCACGUGGUUGUGUUUUUCUACAAAGAAGGCGACAAGAAGAGCCACAAAAUCCUCCAGGAACUGGAGAAUAUCGACGAUGAGUGCGAGGAGGAGGACAUUGAUUUCGUAAAAAUCUCUGAUGAUGGAAUCGAUAAAGAAUACGAUCUCCCUGGACUGCCAGCCCUAGCAUUUUACCGCCACAAAUUCCGACAAAUUUACUCUGGUGAUAUGAUGCAUGAAGAGGCCAUUCUCGACUGGGUACUGGAGCUUAGACGAUCGACUCCAGACGUAAUCGAGAAUGUCGACAGAAAGACACUCCAGGUCCUGAUCAAUGAUGUCGAGCAUCUCGCUGUAUUUUUCUAUGAUGAGCAUGAUGAGACAUGUCGUGAGAUUCUGGAGGAGUUGGAAACGAUCGAUGAUGAUACCGAUAAAUAUGGAAUUCAGUUCGUAAAAUCAAGUGAUGCAAAACUAGCUGCUGAAAUAGGCAUCUUCUCGUUUCCAGCACUCGUCUAUUACGAGACUGGUGUACCCAUCAUGUACGACGGAAAUCUUUUGGAUGAAUCGGAAGUUCUCGACUGGAUGACGAAGCAGAGGAAUGAUGCCAGCAUCGAAAAAAUAAAUCGCGAGCAAUUGCAGAAGUAUAUCGAGACGAAAGAGUUCCUCGCAGUUGUCUUCUACAAAGAGGAGGACUCGGAGAGUCCCAGGAUCCUCCGUCAUAUCGAAUUGAUCGACGACGAGGCAGCGGAGUAUGGAAUAAAAAUAGUGCAAAUGGGGGAUCGUCUGAUGGCGAAGAAAUAUGGUUUCAGAAAUCCCCCGGGGAUAACGUACUUCCGUAAGGGGAAGUACAUCAAUUAUGACGGGGAUAUAGACGACGAGGAGGAGAUCCUUGACUGGCUGACCAACCCAGAGAACAUGGAGUUGACGGAUCACAUAGAGAGGAUCAAUCGAAAAAUGUUCGACAAGAUACGACAGACCAACGAUUACGUCGCUGUAUUCCUUUACAGCAAAGAGUGCAAACAGUGCAGUCGAGUUCUUAUGGAAAUCGAACAUAUUGAUGACGAGGCAGAUCAUGCAGGCAUUAAUUUUGUUAAAAUUGAUGAUAAACAACUCUCCAAAGAAUUUGGAGUUUUUGCUCUACCCGCCAUUUUGUUCUUCAGAAUGGGCUCCAAAGAACCCGUUAUUUAUGCUGGUGACCUAUACGAUGAAGAUCAGAUCCUCCAGUGGUUGAUGGUGCAGAAAGAUCCUUCUGGAGAGGUAAUAGAAGCCCUCGAGGGCGAGGACCUUCUGCAUUUAAUCCGAGAAUCGGAUGCCCUAGCGGUUUAUUUCUAUAUAUUCAUUAGCGCCACGAGGAUGUUUAAAUUCCUCAGUACUUUAUGCAUGGACUUGCACUUUUCUGCUGAUAUUGUGCUUGGUGGCUUUGAGGAGUUUCCCCCCUCCCCUCCCUCCCCACCAGACAGCGACGAGUGCGAGCAGUGCGCUGGAAUCCUGGAGGAAUUGGAGAACAUUGAUGAUGACUGUGACAGACAUGGGAUUACGUUCGUAAAAACACAGGACUUUAAAAUAGCUGAUGAUUAUGGAGUAACUGACUUCCCAGUGCUCGUCUACUACGAGUCUCAAACCGCUAAUGUCUUUGAGGGGGAUCUAGCUGAGGAAGAGGAAGUACUCCAGUGGCUAAUCACUCAGAAAACAGAGGAUCGAAUCGAGUUGAUUACUCGAGUUAUGCUGGAGUCCGCUGUAGAAGAUACGCAAUAUCUCGCUGUCUACUUCUAUAAACAGAACUGUCACAUUUGUGAUGAUAUCCUGGAGGGACUGGAGCGCAUCGACGACGAGUGCGAUGUAUUUGGUAUUCACCUUGUGAAAAUACGAGAUCCACAGCUGGCGAAGAGAUACUCCAUCAAGACAUUCCCAGCUCUAGUCUACUUCAGAAAUGGAAAUCCACUGCUUUUUGAAGGAGAUCUCCAGAAUGAGGAUUCUGUUCUGGAGUGGCUGAUCGAUGAUGACAAUCGAGAGCUAGCGGAUGAGAUUGAAUCGGUGAAUGAUAGAAUGCUCGAGAGGCUUUUAGAUGAAUCUCCAUUUCUGGCUGUUUUCUUUUAUGAUGAAGACUGCCCAGAGUGUGAGGAGAUAAUGGAAGCCUUAGAGCAAAUAGACGGGGAAGCCGAUCUUUUUGGAAUAGAUUUUGUCAAGGUCUCGAGUCAAGAAGCUGCUGAGAAAUACCAAAUCAUAAAUGUUCCCUCGCUGGUUUACUUCAGGAAGAAAGUCCCUCUGAUUUAUGACGGGGACUUGACGCAAGCCGAUAAAAUUCUCCAAUGGCUGACAUCUCAGGAUGUUUUCGAGAUCAAAAACGAGAUCGAGGAAGUUAAUAAAAAAAUGCUGGACAAACUCCUGGAGGAAAAUGAAUUUGUCACAGUUUUCUUCUAUGAACAUAACAAUAAGGAAAGUGCAGAAGUUAAUCAAAAACUUGAGAGCAUCGACGGUGAAACUGACAAUUUGGACAUAACAUUCGUCAAAAUGGCGGACACUCGUUACGCUAGAAAAUGGGGGGUUACGAAAUUACCAGCAAUUGUCUAUUUCCGUAAGAAAUUUCCUAGUAUUUAUCGAGGACAUCUGCACAAAGAAGCGGAAGUCCUAGAGUGGCUGAGGAAGAACAGGUUCCGUCAACCUGAGCUGAAUAUAUACAUGUAUAUAAUAAUGGGAAUAACAGUUUUAUUUGGAUUGUAUACCGGUUUCCUCCUCUCCUGCUUCCGCUCAGAUCCAAGUCCAGCACCCGUUGCACAUCCAAAACAAGCGUAAAGACGAUUCCAUCUGACUCCAUAAAUUAAUGUACUCUGUCAGCAGUAUUUGUUGUUCCAUAAUUAAAAUUUUUGACAUUUUCGUCGAAAUAAAAGGAAAGAAAUGAAGAAGAAUACGGUCACGAAUGAUAAAAUAUCGUGGAUGCCACUUCCAAGACUUGAGUAUCAAAUUCACAGAUCAAUUUCUUUUUUUUAUAUAUUAUGUCACUUAUUUUAAUUUAAAUAAUAUAUAACAUAAUGUAUAGAGAUAAAACAGAAAACACCUGUAUUUAUAAUUUUUGUUGGCUUAUGUUGUUGUUCAGUCUUUAUCUCCAACUGUUAUAUUUUAACGAAAUACAGAUUUUAUCCCGUGUAAUAUAAGACAUGUAUGUAUCGUCGUCGAAUAUUCAAUGUUAUACAUAAAUCAUAAUCUCGGAAGUAGAAAAGAAGCAAAAAAUAUCAUGACGAGAGUUAUUAUGUUGUCGAAAAUCUCUGAUAAAUCAAUAAAAAGGAUGUUUACCUUUUGGACCAAUUUUUUAGUGUUCAACGGGAGAAGGUUGCAAUUGAUGUCGCAAAUAAAAUAACAUUUUCAAUUUA